AUGCCAGCCGCAUCUCGAGAGACGGUCUCCAAAGAGACUCGUAUUGCCAUCGUAAAUUCUGACAAGUGCAGACCGAAGAAGUGCAAACAAGAGUGCAAAAAGUCAUGUCCCGUAGUGCGCAUGGGACGAUUGUGCAUCGAGGUCACGCCAGCUUCGAAGAUUGCCACGAUCAGCGAACCAUUGUGCAUAGGUUGCGGUAUCUGUCCGAAAAAGUGCCCUUUCGAGGCCAUCACCAUCAUCAAAUUGCCCACCAACUUGGAAGCGGAAACAACACAUAGAUACUCGGCCAACUCAUUCAAGCUUCACAGAUUGCCGACACCGAGAGCAGGACAGGUGCUUGGUCUCGUCGGAACCAAUGGAAUUGGAAAGAGCACGGCGUUGAAAAUCCUGGCAGGCAAGCAGAAGCCGAACUUGGGCAGGUAUGAUGUGAGUAUUUGGUGUAAUCUGAACAGGGGACGGAGCAAUGCGGCGUGCGCCCGCUCGUCUAGAGUAGCUGCAAUGCGCACGAGUCGCUUCUUGGAGCGGCGACCUUACUCACAGCACGUCAUCCAUGCGCGUCUCAGGAACCUCCCGACUGGCAGGAGAUUCUGAAAUACUUCAGAGGAUCGGAGCUGCAGAACUUCUUUCAGAAAGUGCUAGAGGACAAUAUCAAGGCUUUGAUUAAGCCGCAGUACGUGGAUCACAUCCCUAGGGCGAUCAAGGGCAGUGCGACUGUGGACAGCAUGCUGAUGGGAAAGCUGGAGAGGGGAGAUGAUGUCAAGGGCCACGUCAUUGAUGUGUUGGACCUGAAGGAGGUGCUGGAAAGAGACGUGAAGAACUUGAGUGGUGGAGAGCUGCAAAGAUUCGCCAUCGGCAUGAGUGUGGUGCAGAAAGCGAACAUGUGAGUGCAGGCAAGCUUGAGUUGCUGUCUGGUAUGCUGACCGAGAUUCACCUGGCAUGGCAUCUAGGUACAUGUUCGACGAGCCUUCAUCAUACCUGGACGUCAAGCAGCGUCUCAAUGCAGCCAAGAUGAUCAGAAGUCUGUUGGACAACGAAACUUACGUCAUCGCUGUCGAGCACGACUUGAGCGUUCUUGACUACUUGUCUGACUUUAUCUGCUGCUUGUACGGCGUGCCAUCUGUGUAUGGUGUUGUCACAGUACCGAGCCCUGUCAGAGAUGGUGAGCGGAACACGAAAGAUGUGCCUCCACGUCAAACUCGGUGGACUGACGCCAUUUGCAUUUGACCUGUGCAGCGAUCAACAUCUUCCUGGAUGGCUACAUCCCUGCAGAGAACAUGCGAUUCAGAGAGGAAUCGCUCACUUUCAAGAUCGCAGAGACGGCCGAUGAGAUCAUUGAGCGGUCAAGGUCCUUCUCUUACCCCAAGAUGUCUAAGCAACUGGGCACAUUCAAGCUGGAAAUUGAGGCAGGAGACUUUGCCGACUCUGAGAUCUUGGUGUUCCUGGGAGAGAAUGGAACGGGCAAGACGACGUUCGUGAAGAUGCUGGCAGGCAAGCUGGAACCGGAUGACAAUGGGCCAAAGAACAAAUUGCCCGCGAUGAACGUCAGCUUGAAGCCUCAGACUAUCGCACCAAAGUUCCAAGGCUCUGUCCGAAUGCUUUUGCUCAAGCAGAUCAAGGCAGCCUUCAUGCAUCCUCAGUUCCAGACGGAUGUUGUCAAGCCGAUGAACCUGGACAACAUCAUCGACCAGGAUGUUCAAACUCUCAGUGGUGGUGAAUUGCAGCGUGUUGCACUUGUGCUUGCGCUUGGCAAACCGGCGGAUGUCUACUUGAUCGACGAGCCUUCCGCAUACCUGGACUCAGAGCAACGUAUCCUGGCCGCGAAAGUCAUCAAGCGCUUCAUUCUGCACAGCAAAAAGACUGCCAUGAUCAUUGAGCACGGUGAGUUUUGGCAGACCUUUCGCGCUCAGAGCCACCGAACUGAGCCUGGCCCGCUCCUGUGCAUCUCAGACAUCAUCAUGGCUACCUACCUCGCCGACCGAGUCAUCGUCUACGAGGGGACGCCCUCCGUUCAAGCUCGGGCAAAGGCACCCGAGUCGCUGCUGACUGGUAUGAACAGUUUCUUGUCAGCACUCGAGGUUACAAUGCGACGUGAUCCAAGUGAGUGUAGCGUCGCCAAGCACUGCAGAUUCAGAAGCUGACGUGACGAUCUGGGGCUUCCUCUCACAGCAACGAUGAGACCGCGAGUGAACAAGUUCAACUCGGUGAAAGACAAGGAGCAGAAGAGCUCCGGAAACUACUUCUUCCUCGAUGAGAACGACAAUUAG